AUGUCGAAACUUGAGAAUAGCGAAGUGUUUGUGGAAUACAGCCAGGAGCAAAAGGAAAACGGAGGAGAUCCUGGCGCUGGAAAUUCGACCGCCGACCCCCACGACCCGCUGACCUGGAGCUCUACCCGCAAACUGGCCAUCUUGACAUCGGUCAGCGUGUACAUGUUUGUCGGCACGUUCAGCAUGAUCGUCAUCGGGCCCGCGUUGCAGAUCGUGCCGCGCGAAUUCCACUCUGCGUUCUCGGCCUCGACGUAUCUCAUCGGCGGUCCGCUUCUCGCCUACGGGGUGGCGUCGUUCUUGUGGGUGCCGCUGGCCAAUCGAUACGGCGCUCGUCUCAUCUUCACCACGACCUCGAUCGUCGGCGCCUGUCUGAGCAUAUGGGGAGCCCGGGCCACCAGUUUCGGCAGCCUCGUCGCUGCCCGAACCCUGGCCACGGGCCUCUUUGCCAGUCCCGAAACUCUGGCUCCCCAGAUGAUCGGAGACGUGUUUGCUCCGAAAGACCGUGCAAAGGCCAUGACGGUUAUUGCCAUCAUGCAGGCGGUCGGGUUCAGUGUGGGACCUCUGGCUGGAUCCUUUAUUGUGCAAAACAGCUCUCUCGGCUGGAGAUGGACUGAAUGGAUCAUCGUCAUUCUCGCCUUUAGCAGUGCGGCCAUGAUUUUGUUGUUGAUGCCGGAAACACAAUACACGAACAACCCUGACCGACGGCCGAGACGCCGGAUCGACGACUUUCGCUUCUGGCCAGUCAGCGGCGGGGGAAAGCGAAAGGUUCACAGGUACAGGCAAGCUCGAAGAAGUCGGCGACAAGAGCUAAUCAUAUGCCCUAGUCUGAGGGCUGCUUUCGCCGUCAUCUUUCCUUAUUUCUUCCAUCCGAUCGUCAUCACCAGUAUGGUCUUCUUUUCCAUCUGUCUCAUGGUCGCAAAUUAUACCAUGACAACUCAAUCUCUCUCUUACCAAAUCGAGUACGGAUUCAGCCUGGGAGAUAGUGGAUUGACGUUCUUUGCCCCGAUGGUCGGCAGCUUACUGGCCAUCAUUCUCUGCGGCGUGCUUGCCGACCACUACUUUCAACGUCUAGCCCGCAAGAGCCAAGGAAAACCUCCCAAGCCGGAGCGUCGAUUGCCUCUGUUCGCCCUGACGGGACCGGUCGGCGUCGCCGGGACCAUUCUUUUUGGUGUUUGUACCCAGAACCAGUGUCACUGGUUUGCACCUCUCUUCGGUACAUUCUUGUUGCUCUUCUCCUUCACUUCGGCCGCUUCCAUCUUGUUUGCAUACCUUCUCGACGUGUACGAGGCUAGAAUGGACACGGUCAUGGUCGUCUUCAACGGCGUCAAGAACAUUGCCACCUUUGCCAUCAGCUACGCCAUCAUUCCCUGGAACACGAGCGCCGGCUAUUCGAUCCCGUUCAUCGUGCUGGGGCUUUUGCUGCUGGCUGGACACUUGCUUGUGGGAUUGAUAUACUGGAAAGGAGAGGCAAUGAGGCACUGGACGGCGACGAAAUUUGAGUCCGGGAAGGAAACGCACCAUGGCGAUGCCUUUUGA